UUAGUCUCAGUUCAGAUUCCAUAGAUCCCAUUUCAGUGGUGUUAAAGCUUUUGUUUACUUCAGAUUCCUAUGCAAACAGCGCUAAAGUGGCCCGUCCACAACACAUUUUUGUUUAACUUUGUCGAAAGUAUUAUGGCAAAAUAGAAAACAAAAAGUACGAGAAAUAGAACAACAAACAGCAGGCAGGCAGGCUAGCAAAAGUGAAACCCUUUCAAGUUGUGCGUAUAUGUCCCAUAGAACUACAUACGCUGCUGCCCCGUAUGCCCGGAGGAGACGACAACGAUAGUGGUGUUAACAAACUACACUCGACGAGAAACGACGAACCAGAUACCCUGACAAUGCUCAACACUCAACAAAUAAAUCAAAGUCAAAUUUAGAGAAAGAACAAGUUUUAUUGGGCGGGCAUCCAUUUUGGAGCAACUUUUUCGUGGGUUCUGUUCCGCUUGAGUGACUGGCCUAAAUAAAGGAUCUUUUGGUGGCGCAGAGGACCUAUUUAAAAAGGGGACGACUAAGCUGCACUGCACCAUCAUGUGUUGUUUAUUUUCUUUACUUUGUCAACAACAUCAACAAUGCCAUCGAGCAAAGUUCGCAUAUCUUAACCGCCAUUCAGCUGCUGUUAAGCUCAAAGUUUGUCUAUUUUUUGUGGUGUUGCUGUUAAAUUUAACGCAAGUAACGCUCCAUGAAAUUCCCAGUCAAAGUUAUUUGUCGGAGUUGCGUGUACAGGAAUUGCAUAACAUCGCCAUACGCUUGGAACAUUCCAUAGAUGCGGAUAAAAGUGCCUGCGAAAGUUACUUUAAUUAUGUGUGCGGUCGCAAUCGUCCAUUGUUUUCCGUAAUGGGACAUCUACCGGACAACAACGAACUUAUACACCUUCUAACCGAACUCCAAGAGGAUCCCGAACAAUUUGAGGCCAAACAAAAGUUAAUGGAUUUCUUUAUCUCAUGCAACUCUAUAAAAUCUCUAGACGAUUGUUAUCGGGAAAGUUUUGAAUAUUUUAAACCUCUUUUCGGCUAUUUAAUAAGUAAAAACUAUCUUGAUAAUGCACCGGAGGAACUUGAAACCUUCCUGAAUAUACUUGAUCGGUUUAUACGAGUUGCUGAUCAAAAUAAACGAUUCCGUCAAGAGCCAACUUUGUUGAAGCUGACAACAUUGAAAACCAGUUUCAGAUAUCCGCAAACGUAUUUCAGAUCUGUGAAACUGAACAAGGAAUAUGAAACACUGAAGAUAUAUCGGGAAAGUUAUCAACAUAACAUUAAGAAUUUGGAAGUUUUUCGUAAACGAAACUCAACAUAUACGCAAGGCACUAACCGCAUUGUGCUCGAUUGGACAUUGUAUCUAUAUCAGAGUCGUCAUAAGCCGAUUUCAUAUUAUUAUCCCACAUUCAAUACCCAUUUAUGGAUGUCGGUGUAUAAUCGUUCGGAAGUGCGUGAAUAUGAACCGAAGCGCUUUGCCGAAAUUGGCGAAUGUCUAAAAUUGCCGCAGUUUGUAAAUGCUUUGGAAGAGGCCCACAUUCUAACCAUUGUCUAUUUGAAGAGUUUCUACAGCGCGUGGAAAGAUUACGUGGAUUGGAUUUCGUCGUCACCAACCAAUGGAUUUAUCACUGAACAAGAAAAUCAAAUUCUCGCCCAAUAUCAGUUGAAUAACGAAAAACUAUUUUUCACUCUGUAUGCCCAAAACUUUUGUGAAUUCGGCAGAGAUCUGGCUGAAAAUGUGUUCUUUGUGGGACUAAAACAUAGCUUGAAUUUCACACGAGUAUAUUCUUGUAAUUAUCGUAUAGAUAGGAAUUACGAUUGUCUAUAGAGGAGUUAUUUAAAAUACUAUCUAUACAUAGAAAAAAGUUGUGUUAGUUAUUACGCUUAUAACUAAAAACUUCUGAAGUGAUUGUGACAAUUCGCAAUUUGGAAAGGCCUUUUGAAAAGGAUAAGAAAUCGUAUCGCCAAUAAAAAUAUGAAUAACAUUGUUA